CGGGGUUAGUGUGUACAGGCAGGGCAGCUCCUCGGUUCCUCAGCGCGGAGAAUUCGGGCUGCUGUAUCCGCUGUUCGGGCCGCUGUGUCCGGCUCUCAACCUGCCGCUCCCCCGCUCCUGUCCCCGGUCCUGACCCGGUCCUGUCCCCGGCGGCAGCAUGGUGCUGGAGUCUCUGGUCAGCGACCUGCUGAACCGCUUUAUCGGAGAUUAUGUGGAGAACCUGGACAAGUCUCAGCUGAAGAUCGGGAUCUGGGGAGGUAAUGUGGUGUUGGAGAACCUGAGAGUGAAGGAGAAUGCUUUGAGUGAGUUUGAUGUGCCGUUUAAGGUGAAGGCUGGACAAAUCGGGAAACUAACGCUGAAGAUCCCGUGGAAGAACCUGUACACAGAAGCUGUGGUCGCUACUCUGGACGGUCUGUAUCUGCUGGUGGUUCCUGGAGCGACUGGUUAUAAAGCGUUUAACUCACCGGGUGAUGCGUUUAAGUAUGAUGCAGUGAAGGAGGAGCGCUAUCAGCAGGAGGCUAAACAGAAGGAGCUGCAGAGGAUCGAGGAGGCUCUACAGAUAGCAGCUCGUAAAGACUCUCAGGUGGGAGAGUUUGUGUUUAAUCUGGAGAGUUAUGUGUAUAAGGACGUUUCCUCAUGUGAUAAAGGACGUAAACAUAAAAAACACAAAAAAACCUUUAGGAGAUGUAAAAAACACGAGCAGAAAUCAGAGAAAGCUCAGGAGGAGAAGAAGGACACGUUUGCGGAGAAACUCGCCACACAGGUCAUCAAAAACCUUCAGGUGAAGGUCACCAGCAUCCACAUCCGAUACGAGGACGAUGUCUCAGAUCCCAGCAGACCUGUCUCAAUGGGGGUGACACUGUCUGAACUCAGCCUACAGACAACGGAUGAGAGCUGGAGGGCGUGUAUCCUAAAUGAAGCUGCAAAAAUCAUCUACAAGCUGGGUCGUUUGGAGUGUUUGUGUGCGUACUGGAACGUGAACAGCCCGAUUUUCUACAGAGGCUCGUGGGAGGAGAUAGUGGACAAACUGAAAGCAGGAAUCAGCACCAGAGACGAGGAUCUGAAGGGCUAUCAGUACAUUUUCAGGCCCAUUUUUGCUUCUGCCAAGAUGUGCAUCAACCCGAAUUCUGAAAUUGAGCUGAAAUCUCCUAAAAUUAAUCUGCAGCUGGAGGUUCAGAACAUCGCUAUAGAGAUGACCCGACCCCAGUAUCUGUCUAUGGUGGAUCUGCUGGAGUCUGUGGACAGCAUGGUGAAGAACGCCCCCUACAGGAAGUUCAGACCCGACGUCCCCGUCCAUAAACACGCCAAGCAGUGGUGGUUGUAUGGUAUUAACAGUGUGCUGGAGGUGCACAUCAGGCGCUUUAACCGCAUGUGGAGCUGGAGCAACAUCUGGAAACACAGACAAACACUAAAAGCUUAUAAAGCUGCUUAUAAAUCCAAACUAACUCAGGGCAAAGUCCGAGAAGAUACUGACAAACAGAUCCAGGAACUGGAGAAAAGUUUAGACGUGUUUAACAUCACUCUGGCCAGACAGCAGGCGCAGAUGGAGGUGGUUCGUUCAGGGCAGAAGGUUGUUGGUAAGAAGGUGGCGGCGCAGAAACAGGGAGGAGGAGGAGGAGGGUUCUUCAGCAGUUUCUUUGGGAGAAAAGAAGGGAAGAAGAAAGAGCAAGAAGAGGAGGACAGAGAGUCUGAGAGCAUUGACGCUAUCAUGACCACUGAGGAGAAAAGCAAGUUAUACACAGCGAUCGGCUACAGCGAGAGCUCCCACAACCUGGCCCUGCCCAAGUCCUAUGUAGCAGUGAAGAUAAAUUUUAAGUUGUUGAGGACGUCCGUCACAGUGCGAGAAGAGGCCAACGUUCCAGAGAUCCUCAAAAUACAGAUGAUUGACCUGAGCACCACAAUCUCCCAGAGACCCGGAGCACAGGCUAUAAAGGUGGAGGCGAGUCUGGAGCACUGGUAUGUUACUGGUCUGCAGCAGCAGGGGGCGGUACCGUCUCUGAUUGCGUCGGUCGGAGCGUCUGAUUCGUCGUUGCUCAGCGUUCUGUUUGAGAUUAAUCUGGAGGAGAGCUCUGCUGAUCAGCUGCUCCGAGUUCACUCCCAACCUGUAGAGAUCAUCUAUGAUGCUCUGACUGUAAACAGCCUGGUGGAGUUCUUUAAGGCGGGGAAGGGCGUGGAUCUGGAGGUGAUCACCUCCGCUACACUCAGCAAACUGGAGGAGAUAAAGGAGAAGACGGCCUCUGGUCUUUCUCACAUCAUUGAGACCCGUAAGGUUCUGGAUCUCAGGAUUGACCUCAAGCCCUCCUACCUGCUGAUACCAAAGUCCGGAUUCUACCACAGCAACUCAGACCUCAUGAUCAUAGACUUCGGUAGCCUGCAUCUGAGCAGUGUUGAUCAGGCGGCUCAUCAGCUGGGUUCUAGUUUCUCGUCUCUGGAGGAGAUCAUGGAUCGAGCGUACGAGAGGUUUUCUCUGGAGCUACGCAGCGUCCAAGUGCUGUACAGCAAAUCAGGUGAAGUGUGGAAAAGUGCUCGAACUCAGGGAUCCUCCAUCCAGCACAUCCUGCAGCCCAUGGACUUCACCCUGCAGCUCGCCAAGAGCAUGGUGGAGAAAGACUCCCGCAUGCCCAGGUUUAAGGUAUCUGGAGAGCUUCCUCUGCUGCAUGUGAGAAUCUCUGAUAAGAAGAUGGAGGGGGUGAUGGAGCUGGUGGACAGUAUUCCUCUCCCGUACACGUCUCCACCCUCCACCCCCGUACAGAAGGCACUGCCAUUAGUGGAUGCUAGGCCGAGAGUCCUGACUCUAGAUCCAUUAGCUCUGCCGUACACCAUGGAGUCAGAUUCUGAAGAAGAUACCAGUGAAAGGUCUCUGGAUGAAGAAGGUCAGAGGUCAGCUUUUGAAGAGCUCACCAAUGUCCAGUUUAAGUUUGAAGUCCGGAAGGUGAUGUUGGAGCUCACUCGGCAGGCGGAUCAGGAACACACAGUGUUAGCUCUGAAUGUUACUCAGUUAGGAGCUGAAGGCAAACUGAGGACUUAUGACCUCACUGUGACAUCAUACCUGCGCAAGAUCAGUCUGGAUUACUGCGAGACCGGAGUUGGUCAGAAUGAACCACUUCAUCUGAUUCGUUCAUCAGAUAAACACGAGUCUGAUCUGCUGAAAGUGGAAUACACUAAGGCGGAUGUAUCUGGACCGAGUUUUCAGACUCUGUUUGACAGUACAGAGCAGACGCUAAAGGUGGAGUUUUCCUCGCUGGAUUUCCUCCUCCACACUAAAGCCCUGCUGUCCUCCAUCAACUACCUCAACUCAGCCCUGCCUCACCGCCUCACUGCCUCUAAAGACCCCGAUACCAGGAGACACGCCCACCCAGCUACAGCCGGGAAAACAGUGUCUAAAGGUUCUAAGGACUCGGGGGUGGUGAGUUUUAAGCUGUACGCUAUGCUGGGAUCCUUCGGCGUGAUCGUGUGCGACGACAGAAGCAGCAUCGCUAAUAUUCAGAUCAAAGGCGUCGAUGCGUCUGUUGUAGUUCAGACUAAAGAGACGGAGGUGUUCGCCAGGCUGCGGGACAUCGUGGUGAUGGACGUGGACCCAAAAACCAUCCAUAAGAAGGUGGUAUCUAUAGUAGGGGAGGAGGUGUUCAGCUUUAAGAUGAGUUUGUAUCCCGGAGCUACAGAGGGGGAUGGUUACUGUGACACCGCUAGAGUGGACAGCAGGGUCACGCUGAGACUGGGCUGCAUCCAGAUCACCUACCUGCACAAGUUCCUCACGUCUCUGAUGGAAUCUUUUAGCUUUCAGUAUCCCUCCACCGACGAGACGUUUGUGGAUAACUUCCAGACGGCUAAAGAGGCUCUGAGCGCGGCCACGGCGCAGGCGGCGGAGAAAGCAGCGUCCAGCGUGAGAGACUUCGCCCAGAAGAGCUUCAGACUCUCCCUGAACAUCAGACUGAAAGCUCCUCUAAUCAUCAUCCCUCAGUCCUCCACUUCCCACAAUGCCUUUGUUGUGGAUUUGGGUCUGAUCACUGUGAGCAACAGCUUCUCCCUGCUUCCUGCUGAGGGCUUCCCUCUCCCGGCCGUGAUGGAGACCAUGGACAUCAACCUCACCCACCUCAAACUGUGCAGGACGGUCCUGAGUCGAGACGCCCCUCAGUCGGAGGUGGAGCUCCUGCAACCCAUUAACCUGGAGCUGCUGGUGAAGCGAAACCUGGCCGCCUCCUGGUUCACCAGCAUCCCUGGAGUGGAGGUCACUGGAGUGCUGAAGUCUAUGAACAUCUCUCUUGGUCAGGAAGAUCUGGUGGUUCUGAUGAGCAUCCUAGCAGAAAACAUCGGGGAGGGAAGCAGGACGAUGUCUCCUGACCUGAAGAAACCGGCUAUUGAGGAUAAAUCUGAGCAGAGUGAGGAGCACAGUGAGGUACUUCCUCUGGAGACAGGAAGUCAGUCAACAAUCACCAAUGAAAGAAGCUUCAGCGAGAACAUCGUCAGUGUUCUCCUCAACUUCGAACUCAUGGAGGUCACGCUCACGCUGAAGAAGCUGAAGAAGGAGAGUGAGUGCGCGUUCCUGGUGCUGCAGGCGGCUCAGCUCGGUGUUCACACCAAAGUUCACAAGUACGACAUGCAGGCCACCACCUACAUCAAAACCAUCUCCAUGAAGUGCCUGGAGUUUACUGAUGCGUGUGGAGAUCCUCUCUGUAUCCUGAGCUCCUCAGCUGAGGCGGGAGCUGAACUGCUGAAAGUGGAAUACGUGAAGGCGGACCGGACCGGCCCAAACUUUACCAACACCUUCAACAACACAGAGCAGAAACUUAAUGUCCAGUUCUCCUCUCUGGAUCUGAUGCUUCACACUGAGGCUCUUCUCUCUACGAUGGACUUCCUGUCUGCUGCUCUGUCCUCCAGCAGCUCCCCCUCACCUGAGAGAGAGACCAGGAGGAGUGACGACUCCAGAACCAGCUCUGCCAGAAGCACGGUGGUCAGCUCCCCCUCAGACGGAGACGUGACGGAUCUGAAGAUAGAUAUGCAGCUGGGAGCGUUUAACGUUCUGGUUUGUGAUCAGCGCUGCAACAUCGCCGACAUCCGGAUUCAGGGUCUGCACGGCUCGUUAUUAAUGCAGGGAACCCAAACGUGCAUCCUCGCACGACUGCGUGACUUCAUCAUCAUCAACGUAGAUCCUAAAACCGUCCACAAGAAGGCGAUCUCUAUCGUGGGUGACGAGGUCUUCAGCUUCAGUAUGAGUCUCACUCCUAAAGCUACAGAGGGGGUGGGGUACACCGACACCUCCAAGGUGGACGGCAGGGUGAAGCUGAACGUGGGCUGCAUCCAGGUCGUCUAUCUGCACAAGUUUGUGAUGUCACUGCUGAAUUUCAGUAAUCACUUCCAGACGGCUAAAGAGGCUCUGAGCACGGCGACGGCGCAGGCGGCGGUUAAAGCCGUGUCCAGCGUGAGAGACUUCGCCCAGAAGAGCUUCAGACUCUCCCUGAACAUCAGACUAAAAGCUCCUCUAAUCAUCAUCCCUCAGUCCUCCACUUCCCACAAUGCAGUGGAGGCUGACCUGGGUCUGAUCACCGUCAGCAACAGCUUCUCUCUACUUCCUGUGGACAACUGCCCACUUCCUGCAGUCAUCGACAACAUGGACGUGCAGCUCACCCAGCUCAAGCUCUCCAGGAUCUUUAUGGAGGGCGGUUCUGAUCGGCCCGGGUCAGAACUCCUGCAGCCGGUUAAUCUGGUUCUCUCUGUUAAGCGGAACCUGGCGGCUGCAUGGUACCACAGGAUGGCUGCUGUGGAGGUGGACGGAGACCUGAAGCCCAUGAAGGUGGCUCUGAGUCAGGAUGAUCUGACGGUGUUGUUGAAGAUUCUGAUGGAGAAUAUUGGAGAGGCCGGCAGUGUUCAGCCCCCCAGCAGCUCUGACUCCGCCUACAGACAGACAGCAGUACCAAUCAGAACCCGAGCUUUCACAGGUGGUGUAUCUGAGAGUGGGGUGGAGAAGCAGGAGCAGGAGGAGGGUGGUGGUGUGGGUGGAGAGGUUGAGCUGGUGGAGAGCGUGAGGUUCAGCUUCACUGUGGAUUCUCUGGGACUCGUUCUUUACAACAACGAUCCAACACAGCUGGGUGUGCACAGUGAGGGUGUGUGUCUGGGGGAGUUUAGGCUGUGUGAGAUGAGAGCUGCUGGUAAGAUGUUUAGUAACGGUAAUCUGGAAGUUUCCACCGUGCUCUCGGCCUGCACUCUGGACGACCGGAGGAGCGGAAUACAGCGCGUCACGUCCAGGAUGCUGGGGAAGCGUGAUGAGGACAGUGCGGAUGCUAUGGUUGAUGUAACAUACUCUCAGAGCGGAGGCGAGCGCUCGGUGAUCGCUGUGCUGCAGAAGCUGUAUCUGUGCGGCAGCGUGGAGUUCCUCAUGGCCGUGGGAGAGUUCUUCCUGCAGGCCCUGCCAAAGACCCAGCCGCCGGCACCGGCCCUGCCACCGGCCCCGGCACCAGACAAACCCAGCCUGCUCCCUUUCAAACACGUCUCAGAACAAAAGAUCAACAGCGGAGCCAAAACAGCUCCAGGUCAGAAGAUGGUGCUGCGUAUGGUGGUGGUGGAUCCGGAGGUGGUGUUCGUGGCGAAUCUGAUGAAGGCGGAUGCUCCGGCUCUGGUUGCUUCUUUUCAGUGUGAUUUCAGGUUCGACUCUCAGGAGGAGACUCAGCUCAUGAAGGCCAACGUGAAGGACUUCAAAGUUCUGGCCUGUCCCUUUAUCAGGACCAAGGACAACCAGGCCGUCACCACCGUUCUGAGGCCGUGCUCGGUGGUUCUGGAGACGAGGAUGUCGGACAGUUCUCCUCUCACCGGCUCUGUAACCGUGGAGGAAGUGAUUAUAAAAGUCUCCCCCAUCAUCCUGAACACGGUUCUGACCAUUACCGCGGCGAUGACCCCGCGAGCGCCGGAGGAGCGCGGCACGGCGGCGGCGCCGGAGACGCUGAGCUCUCUGUGGAGCAUGAGGAACAUCUACACCUGUAACUACUGGUUCCUGGGGGUGGAGACGGCGGCGGAGGUGACGGAGAGCUUCUGCGAGGUGGAUGGAGGGAAGGAGGGCGAGAGCUUCAGGGCGGAGGUGAAGGUGGUGCAGGUCACCCUGGAGUCCGGCCAAGGUCACCGCACCAUCCCCCUGCUGCUCGCCGAGUCCUCCAUCACCGCCUGCGCCCGCAACUGGUCCUCCACCCUCAGCCUCGCCGCAGAUAUCACACUCGAGGUGAAUUAUUUUAAUGAAGCUCAUGCUGUUUGGGAGCCGCUGAUUGAGAGAGUGGAGAGCGGCAAACGCAGAUGGAACCUUACAGUACAGAUGAAGAAUAAUCCGGUGAGGGAGAAGAGUCCGGUACCGGGGGAUGAUUUUGUGAUGUUGCCAGAUCCUCGCACUGCCAUCAACAUCUGCUCUAAAGACACCAUGAACAUCACCCUGUCCAAAUGCUGCCUGAACGUCCUCCACAACCUCGCCCAGGCUUUCUCCGAGGGCACCGCCUCCUCGUUUGAUCACUCUCUGAAGGAGAAAGCUCCGUUCACCAUCAGGAACGCUCUGGGAAUCCCGCUGAUCCUCCAGCACAGCGCCAACCUGCGCAUCGCUGACUCCGCCUCCCGCGGAAAACUGCACCACGUGGGCGUGGCCCAGAGCGUGGAUCUGGAGUAUUCUAUAUUCGAGUCUUCAGCUCGAGGACGACUGUCCGCCCUGCAGAGACAAGAGAGCUGCCUCUUCAACCUCAGCAUCGUGCCCGAGGGCUACAGCGAGAUCUCGGGGAUCCCGGUGGAUAAGCCGGGCCGGCGGUUGUAUAACGUGAGGAAGCCGGGGCUGGAGGAGUCGGUGUCGGUGCUGCUGCAGAUUAACGCCUCCGAGGGAAAUAAAGUCAUCACUGUGAGAUCACCACUACAGAUUAAGAAUCAUUUCUCGGUUCCGUUCUCCAUUCUGAAAUAUUCUCCGGAGCUGGGAGGACUGGUGAACGUCGGCGUCGCCGAGCCCGAAAAAGAGUCUCACGUCACGCUGGACUCCUACAGGUGUCAGUUGUUCGUACUGCCGGUCGGUUGUUUGGAGGGUCAGUACCGUCAGUCGACGAAGUGCAUCGCGUGGAAGGAGCAGGUUCACGUGAGUUCGGAGGUUCGCUCGGUGCUGCAGUGCCCGGCGCACGACAGCAGCUUCCUGCCGCUGGUGGUAAACACGCUCGCCGUGCCGGACGACCUGAGCCACAUCACCAGCCACGGCGAGGGAGACUGGGACCCCGCCUACGUCAUCCACCUCCACCCGCCGGUGACCGUCAGGAACCUGCUGCCCUACUCCAUCCGCUACCUGCUGGAGGGUUCUGCUGAGUUCCAGGAGCUGCAGGAGGGCGGCACGGCGGACGUCCUGAACGCUUCCAUCAGCGGGGAGAUCAUGGAGCUGGUGCUGGUGAAGUAUCAGGGCCGGAACUGGAACAGCCACGUGAAGAUCCGCCCGGACGUCCCCGAGUUCUUCCCCGUCUGCUUCACCAGCGACAGCAGUGAGCAGCUCACCGUGGACGUGUGCCUGCACGUGUCCCGCGCCGCCGGCAGGAUGGUCCUGUCCGUCUUCAGCCCCUACUGGAUCAUCAACAAGACGUCCCGCGUCCUGCAGUACCGAGCGGAGGACACCUACGUCAAACAUCCCUCAGACUUCAGAGACGUCAUCCUGUUCUCCUUCAGGAAGAAGAACAUUUUCAGCAAGAACAAACUGCAGCUGUGCGUCUCCACCAGCUCCUGGUCUGAAGGAUUCUCUCUGGAUACUGUGGGGAGUUACGGCUGCGUCCGCUGCCCCGACAAAACCAUGGACUACCUGGUGGGCGUGAGCAUCCAGAUGAGCAGUUUUAAUCUGACGCGGAUCGUGACGAUGAGUCCGUUCUACACGCUGGUGAAUAAAUCCUCGUUUGAGCUGGAGGUGGGGGAGGUGCAGAACGACAUGGGGAACGGGAACGUCAGCGGGAAGUGGCACUACAUCUCCUCUAAAGAGUGUUUGCCGCUGUGGCCGGAGUCGGGGACGGGGAAGUUGUGUGUUCGGGUGGUCGGAUCUGAAUCCGCCUCCAAAUCUUUCUUCUUCAAUAAGCAGGAUAACGGGACUCUGCUGAGUAUGGAGCAGUUUGGGGGGAUCAUCGUAGACGUGAACAUCUCAGAUCACUCCACCGUCAUCAGCUUCACUGACUACUACGACGGAGCCGCUCCCGCCCUGCUGGUUAACCACACCCCCUGGGUCACGAUCUCCUUCCGCCAGAGUGGGUGUGAGGCGUCUCGGGAGCUGAAUCCGGGUGAGGCUCAGCGGUUUGCGUGGGAUGAUCCGGCGGGGGUGAGGAAGCUGUGCUGGACGUGUCAGGGUCACAGCGGGGAGCUGGAUCUGAUCAAAGACGAGUGUGGGCAGUUCGCGUGUGACUCUCUGGCUCAGGUUCACUGGGUGUCGUUUCUGGACGGGCGUCAGCGUGUGCUGCUGUUCACCGAGGACGUGGCGGUGGUGACUAAAGCCCGGCAGGCGGAGGAGCUGGAGCAGAUCCAGCAGGAGAUCACCAUCUCCCUGCAGAACCUCGGCCUGUCCCUCAUCAACAACCACAACCGACACGAGAUCGCCUACAUCGGCAUCACCAGUUCUGGAGUGGUUUGGGAGAUGAGGCCGAAGAACCGCUGGAAAUCUUUUAACCGUAAGAACAUCAGUCUGCUGGAGAAAUCUUACCAAAACCACCUGAGCGGGAAAACGGCGCCGGGCUGGAUCACACUGGAGACGGGUCUGGAGGUGAAUUUUGCGAGGGUGCCGAUGCAGAUGAGACUCCCGUAUUCCUCCCCGAUUCGGAGGAACUUCCUGUCUGGGAUCCAUAUGGAGCUAAAAGAGUCUCCGCAUCAGAGGAGCUUACGAGCUCAGCUCCACUGGCUGCAGGUGGAUAAUCAGUUAACAGGAGCGAUCUUCCCUAUAGUGUUUCAUCCUGUUCAUCCUCCCAAAUCCAUCGCUCUGGACUCAGAGCCGAAGCCCUUUAUUGAUGUGAGCAUCAUCACACGCUUUAAUGAGCACAGCCAGGUCAUGCAGUUCAAGUAUUUCAUGGUUCUGGUGCAGGAGAUGGCGGUGAAGAUUGAUCAGGGGUUUUUGGGGGCGAUUUUCUCUCUGUUUACACCACCCGCCCAAUCCCAGCCUGAUAAACAGAAGAUGAAGCUGAUAGACAGGGAUCUGGAGGCUCUGCAGGCUCAGCUGAUGGAGAGCUCCAUAACUGACGCCUCAGGACUCAGCUUCUUCGAGCACUUCCACAUCUCCCCUAUUAAACUGCAUCUGAGCCUGUCUCUGGGCUCCAGUGGGGACGAGUCUGAGGACGGGGACAUGGUGGCGAUCCAGUCUCUCAAUCUGCUUCUGAAAAGUAUUGGAGCGACUCUGACUGAUGUAGAUGAUCUGAUAUUUAAACUCGCCUUCUUUGAGGUGAAGUACCAGUUCUACCGCCGAGAGAAGCUGAUGUGGGCUGUGAUUGGACACUACACCGAACAGUUCCUGAAGCAGAUGUAUGUUCUGGUUCUGGGUCUGGAUGUUUUGGGGAAUCCCUUCGGACUGAUCCGAGGUCUGUCAGAGGGAGUGGAGGCUUUCUUCUACGAGCCCUUCCAGGGGGCAGUGCAGGGGCCGGAGGAGUUCGCUGAGGGAUUUGUGAUUGGUGUUCGCAGCUUACUGGGUCACACUGUUGGGGGCGCUGCAGGGAUGGUGUCUCGUAUAACGGGCUCGGUGGGGAAGGGUCUGGCGGCGAUCACUAUGGAUAAAGAAUACCAGCAGAAACGCCGCGAGGAGAUGAACCGACCCCCCCGAGACUUCGGAGAGAGUCUCGCCAAGGGGGGCAAAGGACUUCUGAAGGGCGUGGUCGGGGGAGUGACGGGCAUUGUUACCAAACCUGUGGAGGGUGCGAAGAAGGAAGGAGCAGCAGGAUUCUUUAAGGGCAUUGGAAAGGGUCUGGUGGGCGUGGUCGCCCGUCCCACCGGGGGCAUCGUGGACAUGGCCAGCAGCACUUUUCAGGGCAUUCAGAGGGUGGCGGAGUCGACGGAGGAGGUGACGAAGUUGAGACCCGUUCGGCUCAUUCGAGAAGACGGGAUCAUUCGGCCCUACGACCAGCAGGAGUCUGAGGGAUACGACCUUUUCCAGAGGUCUGAGAUUAAGCAGUUGGAUGGGGAAUAUUUCAGAGAGCAUUAUGAAUACCCCGGACACAGAAAGACCAACAUCAUUGUUACCAACAGGAGGGUGAUGUGUGUUAAAGAGAUCGAUCUGAUUGGCCACUUUAAUAAAGAGUGGGAGUGUCAGUUCGAGAACUUUCUGAAAUCUCCUUCUGUAGAGGGUGGAGAUCUGAGGAUUUACUGCAAGGAGCAGAAUAAGCUGAAGCUGCUGAAGGAUCAGGGUCAGGUGAGAGUGGUGAACCUGAGAGAAGCCGAGACGGCCGAGAAACUGAAACAGUCGAUUCAGGAAGCUCAGUUGGCUCGACAGCAGCAUCAGAUGGUCCGACAGAAAUCCCAGCGCUUCCUCAAACUGCAGAGAACCGGCAGCACCGCCUGAUCCUACCCGCCGGACCCCCAUCACAUCACCAUCACAUCACCAUCACACCACCAUCACACCACCAUCAAAUCACCAUCACAUCACACCAUCACAUCACACCAUCACAUCACAGCUUCACAUCACAGCUUCACAUCACACCAUCACGUCACCAUCACAUCACCAUCACAUCACCAUCACAUCACACCAUCACAUCACCAUCACACCACCAUCACGUCACCAUCACGUCACCAUCACAUCACACCAUCACAUCGCCAUCACGUCACCAUCACGUCACUCAUCAUAUAAUUAUGCCAACACAUUAUCACAUCACACCAUCAUGCCUUGACACCAUCACAUUAUCACAUAAUCAUAUUAUCACGUCAUCACAUUAUCACAUAAUCAUAUUAUCACGUCAUCACAUUAUCACACAAUCACAUCACAUAAUCACAUCAACACUUCAUCACACCAUCAUGUCACACUAUCACAUCACACUAUCACAUCAGGCCAUCACACCAUCACAUCAUAGCACCGACACACAAUCAUAUUAUCACACCAUUACAACAUCACAUCACACUACCACAUCAUCACAUUAUCAUAUCAUUAUCAUAUCAUCACAUCAUCACCAGCUCCAGAGUUAAUGGCCUGUAGUGUUUAAUGCUCUUGUGUUCUGAUUGAUUGAUUGAUUGAUUGAUUGAUUGACUCUGCACUAUUGAUUAUUGCACUUGACUCAGUGAUCACUGAAGCAGCUUUAGUUUCAGCACCUUUAAGAUCCUGUGGUGUCUAAAUAUAAUCUAUAGUAUAUAAGUGUAGUUAUAAUGAGUUAUAAAUGUUAUGCGUGGUGUCUGGUUGUGUUUAAGUGAUUCUAUACAGUAUAUAUGUAUAAAUAUAUAUGCAAAAUACUCCAUCCAUCUUUCAUUUUAGUUUUUUCUACAGCAGGUAAAAUACACACUGUAUCAGGAUUAGAUCUGGAUUAUUCCAGAUAUUAGUCACAUGAUUGUGAGCAGGUGUGAACGGGGACAGCAAGGGUCACAAUAUCUAUAAUUCAGGUUUAUAGUGAUUAUUUACUGUACUGUGAUUGUGAUUAUCUAACCAAAUCAUGAGAUACUCUGUGUAAUAGUGAUUAUUUUCACCAUUACCAAUCAAAAAGUACUUUGAGUAAAGCCAUAAAACACAGAAGAUUAGUAACAAUGCAGAUCUGUACAGAAUGUAACUAUAAAAAUAACAGUAAAUGAGAUGUGUAAUGGUGAUUAUGGCAUUUUUGGUAAUAUUUGUGAUUGUAGUGAUAAUGGUAAUUAUGGUGAUUAUUGUUAUCAUAAUGAUUAUGGCGUCAUGGUGAAUAUGGUGAUUAUAGUGAUCAUGGUGAUAAUAGUAAUUAUUAUUAGCCAUGGUGAUUAUGGUGAUCACAGUGAUUAUGAUAGUCAUGGUGAUUAUGGUGAUCACAGUGAUUAUGAUAGUCAUGGUGAUUAUGGUGAUCACAGUGAUUAUGAUAGUCAUGGUGAUUAUGGUGAUCACAGUGAUUAUGAUAGUCAUGGUGAUUAUGGUGGUCCACGGUGAUUGUGGUGAGUAUAGGGAUCAUGGUGAUUAUGAUAAUAACGGUGAUAAUGGUGAAGUGAUUAGUCUGUUUGGACCUGUUUUUAAAUGCGUUUUUUAGCUGGAACAUUCACUGGGCUGUAGUAUCACAGUAUCACAGGGCUGUAGUAUCACAGUAUCACAGGGCUGUAGUAUCACAGGGCUGUAGUAUCACAGUAUCACAGUGCUGUAGUAUCACAGGGCUGUAGUAUCACUGGGCUGUAGUAUCACAGUAUCACAGGGCUGUAGUAUCACAGUAUCACAGUGCUGUAGUAUCACAGUAUCACAGGGCUGUAGUAUCACAGUAUCACAGGGCUGUAGUAUCACAGGGCUGUAGUAUCACAGUAUCACAGUGCUGUAGUAUCACAGGGCUGUAGUAUCACUGGGCUGUAGUAUCACAGUAUCACAGGGCUGUAGUAUCACAGUAUCACAGGGCUGUAGUAUCACAGGGCUGUAGUAUCACAGUAUCACAGUGCUGUAGUAUCACAGGGCUGUAGUAUCACAGUGCUGUAGUAUCACAGUAUCACAGGGCUGUAGUAUCACAGUAUCACAGGGCUGUAGUAUCACAGGGCUGUAGUAUCACAGUAUCACAGUGCUGUAGUAUCACAGGGCUGUAGUAUCACUGGGCUGUAGUAUCACAGUAUCACAGGGCUGUAGUAUCACAGUAUCACAGGGCUGUAGUAUCACAGUAUCACAGUGCUGUAGUAUCACAGUAUCACAGGGCUGUAGUAUCACAGUAUCACAGGGCUGUAGUAUCACAGUAUCUCGGGGCUGUAGUAUCUCAGUGCUGUAGUAUCACAGUAUCACAGGGCUGUAGUAUCACAGUAUCACAGGGCUGUAGUAUCACAGUAUCACAGGGCUGUAGUAUCACAGUAUCACAGGGCUGUAGUAUCACAGUAUCACAGUGCCGGAGGCGUCAGGUGAUGAGUGGGUGAGUUCAGGUGUCUGGUUUGGGUCAGUACUGUUAUUCUGAUUGGUUAAUUCUGUAAUAAUAUUGUGACCCUUGAUUAAUUUCUCUACAGUGAUUUAAUUCACAUCAAACCAAAUCACAUCUGUUCAUAACAGUUUAAUAAUGGAAUUAAAUCACAGGUUUAAUAGAAAGUGUUGAAUGAAGUUCUGAAUCUGUUUAGCGUGUUCAGACUGGAUCCUGGAUUGGGUUUAGUUUCAGAGAUUUUUUUACAGGAUUAGUGUAGAAAUCUGGAUCUGAGAGAGUCGACCUGUCUUCAUCUGUUUCUGUGAUUGACAGGUUAUGAUCACAUGUGCUACUUUACCUGCUGACUGUUAGCUGACAUAUAACUGACUGUUUUGUAAUGAUGUAAUUAUAAUAAUAAUGUUGUGAUAAUGAAUCAGGUUUGUGGGAGCAGGUGAAAUUCAGAACACUUUAAAGAAGAUCUGAAUCGUUUUUUAUUGGUUGUUAAUUUUGAUAAAGACUAAAAUCAAAUUCAUAUCUUCAUAUCUCAGCAUGCCUGUGAUUUUUUAUUUUUUAUGCGUCUGUUGAAGUUUUUUUUGCACUUUAUUUGUUUGUAAUGAAGAACGUUAUUAAAUAUUAAAGAAGAAAAUAAACAUUUGUUAAAUGAAGAGAUGAGAGAAACUGAUGCAUCAAAGACAAACAUUUUCCCAAAAAUAAAUAAAAUAAAAUAAAAGUAAUAAAUGAAGUAAUAAAACUUUUUUCAUGAGGAUUAAUCUCUGAACUCCU